CUUACUCACGCCCCGCCCCGUCGCCGGUUUCGGGGCGGGGGCUUCCUUCAACCUGCGCCGCUCCAACAUGGCUCCGCGGCUGUGCAGCAUCUCUGCGGCGACGCGACGGUUGAUGGGACGCCCGAAGCCCCGAGCAGGGGACCUUGCGGCUGCCGCGCGCUUCUAUUCCAAGGACAAUGAAGGUAGCUGGUUCCGCUCCCUCUUUGUGCACAAGGUGGAUCCCCGGAAGGAUGCCCACUCCACCCUGCUGUCCAAGAAGGAAACAAGCAACCUCUACAAGAUCCAGUUUCACAAUGUGAAGCCUGAGUGUCUGGAUGCCUACAACAGCCUGACGGAAGCUGUGCUGCCCAAGCUGCACCUGGAUGAGGACUACCCCUGCUCACUCGUGGGCAACUGGAACACAUGGUACGGGGAGCAGGACCAGGCAGUACACCUGUGGCGAUUCUCAGGUGGCUACCCAGCCCUCAUGGACUGCAUGAACAAACUCAAAAACAACAAGGAGUACCUGGAGUUCCGAAAGGAGCGGAGCCAGAUGCUGCUGUCCAGGAGAAACCAGAUGCUCCUUGAAUUCAGCUUCUGGAAUGAGCCACAGCCCAGAGCAGGCCCCAACAUCUAUGAGCUGAGGACAUACAAACUCAAGCCAGGAACCAUGAUUGAGUGGGGGAACAACUGGGCGCGGGCCAUCAAGUACCGGCAAGAGAACCAGGAGGCAGUGGGCGGCUUCUUCUCGCAGAUAGGCGAGCUCUACGUUGUGCACCAUCUCUGGGCCUAUAAAGACUUACAGUCUCGGGAGGAGACUCGAAAUGCUGCCUGGAGGAAGAGGGGCUGGGACCAAAAUGUCUACUACACAGGUGAGUGCUUCUGCUGGGGCAUCAGCCUAGCCCUUGGAGGUCAUUUGCCAAGAGCCCAAUCUGAGGAUAGAAUCCCCUCAGCAAGGAAAUCAAGCCUCACUUGAUUACCUCUCGUGCUGGGAAGCUUUUAAGACAGUGAGUAGGUUUCGAUCUUGGUGGCACACUCCAUGUGAUUUAGGCAGUGGGUCUAGGUGAGUGCCUCAGGGGACGAAAACACAGGUGGUCCCAAUGCACUGUGGCCUCAGGCAUGGUUCUUCACACUGAGGGCUCAUCUGUAAGAUGGUGAUGGUGCCUCCCUUGGAGGGCUGGAUGGAAGAUUCUAGGAGCUAAUUUCUGGAAAGUGCUUCCAGACUGGCACAGAGGAAGUGCAAAUUUUUUGAGCAAACUUUUUAUUCUCCAUGUUUGCUACCUUGCGGGGACCCCAGAGAACCACGUGAAGUCAGCAAGUGUUGAUUGUGUGCCAGGGACUGCAGUGGGUGGCUGGCUGGGGGACACAGAAUGAAUAGAAGAAGCCUGUCCCUCCCCUUGAGCUUACAGUUAAGGAUCCACACUUACCAGCUGGUGUGGGGGAAAAUGCAUCUCCUGAAGUAAUUAGCAGGAGCCUCAUUCUUGAAAGUGUGGUGCUGAAUGACAGUAUCAGUAUCUCCUGGAAGCUUGUUAAAAAUGCCAAAUCUCAACCCCCACCCCCAGCUGCUGAAUCAGAAUCUGCACUUUAACAAGAACUGGAGGUAAUUGGUAAAGUUUGAAUAAUUCUGAGCAAGAGGAGUCUGACCUCCUGGGUGACCUUGUGCUGACCUAUGGACUGCAGCCUCCCCAUCUGUAAAAUGAAUCUGUUGAACCAAAUCAGUGUUUUGCAAACGUUAGCCACUUGAGGACACCCUCAUAGCUUUUAUCCUCCUUGUAUACUAUGGCAAUAAUUAUUUUCUUGAUAAUGAAAAAAAAAUUUUUUUUGAUGUUUAUUUCUGAGAGAGAGAAACACAGAGCAUGAGCAGGGAAGGGGCAGAGAGAGAGAGGGAGAUACAGGCUCCAGGCUCUGAGCUGUCAGCACAGCACAGAGCCUGACGUGGGACUCGAACCCACAAACCAUGAGAUCAAGACCUGAGCUGAAGUCAGACACUUAACUGACUGAGCCACCCAGGUGCCCUUGAUAUUUUUCUUUAAAUCCCCCUACUUCUACACCUAGCUUUUGUUCUAAGCAAUAUCUGCAGAAUCAUUUUUUGCUUAUUCUCUCACCUAUACAGGAACAUAAAUAUAUAAUUAUGAAACUUUAAGAAUGUUGCAUCUCACCACCACCCAAGACCCCUCUUAUCCCACAAUUGGGUGCUCUCUGUUCUAGGAAGGCAGUGGGGCUUUCCCUGUCUCAGCAUCCUAGGCCGCCUCCUCCUUUUUUUUAAAUUUAAUUUAUUUUUAAAUUUUUUUUAUGUUUUUAUUUAUUUGAGAGACAGAGAGAGACAGAGCAUGAGCAGGGGAGGAGCAGAGAGAGAGGGAGACACAGAAUCCGAAGCAGGCUCCAGGCUCUGAGCUGUCAGCACAGAGCCCGACAAGGGGCUCAAACCCUCGGACUGUGAGAUCGUGACCUGAGCUGAAGUCGGACGCCUAACGGACUGAACCACCCAGGCGCCCCCUCCUCCUCCUUCAAAGUCCAGUUUUGGGGGUUGGUUUGCCUCUGC